CUCACGACCUUGCUUGCCGCAGCACGCCCCACCCCUGACCUACAAACACCAGCACGAGGAAGGGUUGCUACCUCAGGCUCAGAAAUUUUCUAGGCUUAUCUGUUUGAGAUUGUUGGAACUAGAGAGUGUACGUCACCUAAACGAGAGCAUUGUGUCCUCGUUGCUCUCCUGGGUGUUGACUCGAGAAACAUGAGCAAGUCGGCAGCGAGCUCCUUGCUGCUUCUCCUCGCUCUGCAGCUGCGGAACGGCGCUUCUUUCCUGCUUCCCAGCCCGGCCAUCACGAGAUGCAGUGGGUUCGCCUCUCGUUCAGCUUCGUGUGGUGUCAUGAGGGCAUCAGAAGCAGACGGGGACGCCGAGGAGACGGCUAGUUUGAACGUCGAAGACGAGGCCAAAGUGGAGGACGAGGGAGACGACGGUCUAGCAAGGAGCCCGUCUGGGCUGACUUUGGAUGGAGUCUACAAGCGGUUGACGUUGGAAACGCAAAGUCGUGCGGAUGGCGUGGUGGGGCUGGAGUCGAAGGACACUGACUAUGCCAUCGAAGUCGUCAAGGUGCAAAUGCAGCGCAAGCCCUCCCUAGGCAUGCAGCUAGAGGAGGUGGCCAGGGGCGGAGACGGUCGCGGCUUGGUCUUGGUGGCGGGCUUGGAGCCCGGUGGAAACGCCGAAGCUUCGGGCAAGAUUUGCGUGGGGGACACGCUUUGCUCGGCGGGAAUCGAGGGGGACAUGUCGAGGGUAGAGGCGCUGGAUUGGGACCAGACCGUGUCCGUCCUGGGCAGCUUCGCCGAGGAGAGCGAGAUAGUGCUGGUCAUCAAGCGCCUGGUGAAGCGGGAGUCGAUCAAUGUCCAGUUCGAGCUUCCGAGCGGCAGCCGCGACCACGAGAUCAAGGCCGGCAGCAACCUCCGGGGGGAGAUGAUUCGGCUAGACGUGCCGGUGUACGACCCGAGAACGAAGCGGUUCGACCAGCCGUACGCCACGGGCAACUGCGCGGGAGAGGGGACAUGCGGGACCUGCUUCGUAGAGGUCCAACAGGGCGCUGAUCUCUUGACAUCUCCGGACCAAGAGGAGCUAAUGCUCCUGUCGAGGGGAAACCUUCCCGUCCGGUGGCGACUUUCGUGCAAGGUCAUCGUCGGCAAGGAGAACAAGGCCGGGACUGUGAGGUUGAAAGCCGUGCCGCAGGCGGAGUGGCGGUCACAGGCCAGGCAAUGAACACAACAGCACACACACGGCCCCCCGGGCAUGACCUUUAGAAGGGUAUUUUGGCCGAACUGAAACUGACGUCUUUUUCUUGGCAGCCGGCUGGCGCGGUCGAUGGUAUCAGUACAGACGUUGCGGGCGCGAGCACAAACGCAACUGAGAGGGACUUACUAAACUUGAGCCCCCCCGCUGUGUUUCAGAACACGGUGUGUGUGGCAUAUCGUAGCCGUUUGCUACAGCGUGCGCGUCUUGUGAUUAUAUUGUAUCCUCGUUUCCGGUGGUCUGGUUGUGGCGUGCGAAGUUCUGGCAUUGCUGCUACGGCUUCUGCUACUCUAAAUAGUCGGGUUUCAAUUGUCAUGCCAUUGCCAUGACGAGGUGCUCAUUGCCGUUGGCGUUUGCUUUGUUUCGCGCUACACCAUAGAAGCAGUGUACAAGCAGCUUUUGCAUUCUUUUCAGUUUCUGCGUCGGUGUCCGACGGAAAGGUUGUAUAUUUUGGCGGAAACACCGCAUGUGAAUUGAGUCGGAGCCGUCUCCAAAGUGAGGCAACUUUAGAACCGCGUCGAAUACUUCGUCCUCAUCAGUCGCUUUUAGCCUUGGUUUCUUCGAUGGGAAUGAUAAUUAAAGUGUGCGGGCGGUGGGUGCAGCGUAAGAGCACCUUGAGAGCACUUGAUGAACAAUUGCGUGGUCCGCUCGGAAAUCUGUCCAAACCGCCGUGGCGUGCGCGUGUGGUGCGGAAAAGCUUCAUGGCUAGCCCGGUAGAGAACGCUCAUCCAAUGUGCACAGUACUUUUACACAAAGGCGGGGGCCGAUUCAAUGUCGUAAGUUCCUAGAACGAGACUUUGGCAUGUGUUAAGAGCGGGUAGAGCUCCGGAAACUCGACGCUCGGACGACCGUUGCUUGCUUCUCAAGCAGAGCCUGUUGUUUGUUGGACAUUCCGUUGAAGCGCAUUGAACUGAUACGUUGGAAACGAUUUUCGAAACAGCCUUACGGUCGUGACAAAUAGUUCGGCCUCGAGAAAGGGGAGGCUCUCGGUUUCCGCGGUUGUCUC